GUUGUGCAGCCUCCAGAGCUCCCACCCAGUGGUGGGAGGCUGGGCUUCUCUGAACCUGUCCCAGACCUGGGCUGGUUCAAAGCAGCGAAAAGUUCCUCCUGCAGCCUCUAGCUGAAUACCUGCCCCUCACCAGCACACCCUAAGGAGCCUGCAGAGUACCGGUAGCUGCAGAUGCCCCGGCCCCAAGUUAUCCUCUGCUCCUUCCCAGUUAUGCUCCUCCUUGGAGGGGAGGGGAGGGGAGGACAGCUCUCCUUGCUCUUAAGGCGGUUGGCAGAGCAGCGGCUGCCGCUGCUUCAGCUUGCUGCCUGGCUGAUUGAGAGAUUACUCCUAAGCCCUUCCCAUUUCCAACCCCUUUCCCCCACCCCCCGCCCCUUGCAGGACCACACUGGCUGUCCCUGUGGGACACGGAGUGCAGAGCCUGGAACCGAAGCAGGACAGCUGGACCCGCUCCCUCCUAGCAUGAACCCCUCAGACUCUUGCCUCUCAUGGGGGAAGGGGCUUCUGGAUCCCCUUAAAACCCCUACCCCACUCCCCCAGGGCUGUUCUGCAGCUGCUGGAGAGAGAGAUGCAGAAUGAAUGAAUUUCGGGUUUCUGGAGGAGACAAGGGAAGAAAGGUUGGAAACUAACUCUGCCAGAAACUGCUUGUUUGGAAUUUUUAAAAUUUCCCUUCAUUUCCAACACAAACCUGUCUCUUCCCAGGACAUCAAGACAUGGGCUCCUCUUGCCUGGAAGAGAAACAGCUGGAAAUGGGCUCCCUGAGACAGGAGGGCUGCUCGUCUUCCUCCGGCCAUACGUUGUAAAUGAAGUAAGGCAUGCAGAACAGCCCAACAUGGUAUGGCAAGCAAGUGUGAAGUGCAUAGGCUGUGAUUUCACUCUUCGCUAUCUGCCGGAAUCCAACUGGCUCUGCAAUUGAGAGGAACUUUUCUUUCCAUUCAGCAGCUGAGUGUUUCUCUUGGCUGGAGUGCAUCUUGGAAUGACGUCGACGGCAAUGCCCAUAGCCUCCAGAGUCAGGGGCCUGCAUGCCAGGCACCACCACUCCGGCUCCUGCAGCCCUCUGAGUCAGCUCUUGCCUGGCUCCGUGGAGCCGCCGUCCAUCAAGGGCCAUUACUACCGCAGGGCCCGGAAGGUGGGUGCGCUGGACGCCUCCCCGACGGCAGACCUGAAGAAGGAGAUCCUGGUGAACGUCGGGGGCAAGAGGUACGUUCUUCCCUGGAGCACGCUGGACGAGUUUCCCCUGAGCCGCCUGAGCAAGCUCAAGUUCUGCCGGAACCAGGAGGAGAUCGCGCAGCUCUGCGACGAUUACGAUGAGGACAACCAGGAGUUCUUCUUCGACAGGAGCCCCAGCGCUUUCGGAAUGAUCGUGAGCUUCCUGGCGGCCGGCAAGCUGGCCCUCCUGCGGGAGAUGUGCGUGCUGUCCUUCCAGGAGGAGCUGACCUACUGGGGCAUCGAGGAAGCCAACCUGGAGAAAUGCUGCCUGCGGAAGCUGCUGAAGAAGCUGGAGGAGCUGGCCGAGCUGCGCAGGGAGGAGGCGCUGCAGCGGCAGAGGGACGCCUGCGGCCCCGCCGUGGUCACCUCACGCUGGGGGCUCCUCAUGAACUGGCUGCGGGAGAUGGUGGAAAACCCGCAGUCGGGGCUGCCCGGGAAGGUCUUCGCUUGCCUGUCCAUCCUCUUCGUGGCCACCACGGCGGUCAGCCUGUGUGUCAGCACCAUGCCCGACCUGAGGGCCGAGGAGGACAAGGGUGAGUGCUCUCAGAAGUGCUACUACAUUUUCAUCGUGGAGACUGUCUGCGUGGCAUGGUUUUCCCUGGAGUUCUGCCUUCGGUUUGUCCAGGCCCAGAACAAGUGCCAGUUCUUCCAAGGGCCCCUGAACAUCAUCGACAUCCUGGCCAUCUUCCCCUAUUAUGUGUCCCUGGCGGUGUCGGAGGAGCCCCAGGAGGAGGACGACAGACCGGGCGGCAGCUCCUACCUGGAGAAGGUGGGGCUGGUGCUGCGUGUGCUGCGGGCCCUGCGCAUCCUCUACGUGAUGCGCCUGGCCCGCCACUCGCUGGGGCUGCAGACGCUGGGCCUCACCGUGCGCCGCUGCACACGAGAGUUUGGCCUGCUUCUCCUUUUCCUUGGCGUGGCCAUCACCCUCUUCUCCCCUCUGGUCUACGUGGCCGAGAAUGAGUCGGGGCGGGUCCUAGAGUUUACCAGCAUCCCGGCCUCCUACUGGUGGGCCAUCAUCUCCAUGACGACGGUGGGCUAUGGAGACAUGGUCCCACGCAGCGUGCCGGGCCAGGUGGUGGCCCUCAGCAGCAUCCUGAGUGGGAUUCUCAUCAUGGCCUUCCCAGCCACAUCCAUUUUCCACACCUUCUCACACUCCUACUUGGAGCUCAAGAAGGAGCAAGAACAAGUCCAGGCCCGCCUCCGCAGCCUGCAGAAAGCCACCACUACCAGUGAACACGAGCUCCUGAGUGAUGUGGACGACCUGAUCCUGGAGGGACCCACCUCCCCCAUCAGAUACAUUUGACUCAGAACUCUUCAUGAACCUGCCAGCACUUCAGUCCAUCGACCUCAUCUGACAUGGGCUUGAGAAUGGCAGGUGUAGACCAUGUGGUAGUACACUUCUAGAGCUUGGGGGGCAGCUCCUGAAGCUAAGAGGGGCCCAAGGCUAAUAGUGGGGUGGUUGUGAUUCCUGACCCUCCUGGCCACCACAAUCCAGGCUUCCAUUAGCCAUGUCACUUGUCUUUUCUUGUCUCCCUGCCCGUCCCUGAGCACAUCCACUUUUGCUGGGUUAGGUCAGUCUCCAUUCUCAUUUCCUGCCCAGCAGAGUAUUCAACAUCCCAAGCUGGAAUCCAUUUUCCUGCAGAGCUGAGCCUACAGAAUUCUGCUCCUAUCCGAAGACCCUCUUUCCUGGGCCACCCCAGCACCAGGACCUGGAGGGGCCAGUUACUGCAGACCCCCCUGCUCAGACCUCCCCACCUAGCCCCAUCAGGGCUCCAGCAGGAAUCAAUACACUCUCCUUCUGCUCACCACCGCCAGCGGUUUUCCUAACACGGCCGCCUUCCCCCAGCUCUGGAAGCUUUUACCGAGAAGGCAGAACUGGUCUCUUUGUGUUAAAUUGCACAGUGGCUGGGAGCCUGCCAUCCUUCCUGAGUUGCCUGGGACCUGGGCAGAAAUGCCACUUGCCAGCCACAGCAAGACCCCCUUGGCCAACUAGAUCCUGGUGGGACAUUCUCCAACUAUCCAGUCCUUGACCUUGACAGAGGCGUCCUCUUGCAGGGCUCUGAAUUGCCCCUUGAGAGGGUUGUUCCUGCUGGUGGUUGUGCCAGCACUGUGGGGACCUAGGCUUUCCACCCUUGGCGAAGCCACCACGGACGGACACAGUGCAGCUUUGGCGCAGAAACAAGGGCAGCCUUAGGAUCAGCUCCUCGCCAGCACCCUGGACCGAGCCUUCGAUGCCAGAGGAUGGACGUCCUCAGUGUAUAUUUAAAUGUAUCUAUUUAUGUAUCCAUUCAUUCAAUAACACAAUUUGGCCCUUUGCAUCCAGUGCAGGGGGCAAAUAUAGGACCAAGUCAUGUGAGAUAAAAGCAGUGCUCACUGAGGCCAGAGAGGAGAGAACAAUGAAUUCUGAGCAUUCGGCUCGCAGAGGUUCCUCACAGAGACACAGAAGGGCUGAGCAGGGAGGGGUAUCUGGAGGCUGGAAAAGUGGGUUGGGGUGAGAAGUGGUGGGCUGUGGGUGCCACGCAGAGGAUCUGGAAGAUUUGGUGAAUGGAAAGGGGAUGUUGGAGAUGCUGGGGAAAGAAGUGAUGGGAACGGACUGCAGGGUGGAUGAUGAUGAUCGGAUGGGGUGUGGGAAGACCGGUUUGGUGCAGAGAAUGAUUGAGCAGUUCAGGCGAGGCACGAGGGCCCACCUCCUGUCAGUCAUUUGUUGUUCGUGGUGAAGCCAAGUUCUGGCAUCUAGUCUGUGGUUCCCCAGCAAAGCACACCUGGGAGAGGUCUCCGUGGCACGUGCCCUGAGGGACUCGGCCACUUCUCACUCCAGCUCUGCCUGCUGCUGGGACUGGCGUCCAGCCCAGCCCCUUUGUUUCCCUCUGUGUCACAAACCAGGCGUCUUAACAAACUGUGUGGGGUCUGGGAGAAAAAUAGGCAAGCCUAUCAGCAACAUUACGAGGUUCUAUAGUUUCUUAGUACAUGCCCAGUAGAAAUUCUUUAUGAAAUUAGAAGUGGAAAAUUGGAAUCAAUUACUCACAUGUGGAGUUUAAUUAAAUGGUCUAUUUUUAAUCCCCAGUAAUGUUCUGGGGGACUAGUCUAGCCUCUGAGCAGACUUUUUCCUUCAUGCUGAUUGGAUGGUGUAGGGGAGACAAGAGAGUUGCUAGGCAGUCCCUUUAUCCCUAUUGGCUGGAAGGAGUCUUGUGACUCCCACAGGGUUUGUUUUAUCUGAGGCCAGUGGGUGUGACUGUAGCCAAAGGGAGAAAAUUUCCAGCUAUAAAUAAAAGUAAAUAGCCUUUACUUCAAGCCACUUUCAUGUUGUAUUGUAGCUACGUCUCCAAGAAGUAACUUUAAAAUAUUGUUUCAACAUCAUUCUAGCCAGACAGAGUUGAGCCCCCAAAAAUGACUCGGGGGUGGACGGUUAAUUCUUCAAUGCAAUGCAAAUGAGACUCUACCCACUGGCUCUAUUUUGAUGGCUUUUAGGACUUGAUAAACUGGUAACUGGAAGGCCCCUCAGAAGACAGUCUAAGCUGAGACUUUCCAGGAGAGGGUCUGUGAACCUCUGGAGAUUAUGCAUUUCCAAGUGCACAGCUUCGAAAAGGGGUCCAAUGAUUUCAUCAGAUCCCCAGAGGAAUCCAUGACCCCACAAAAAGGAUGAAAAGUUCUUGAGUAAGUCACCUCCUGUAUUUUAAGAUGGGGAGACCGAGGCUCAGAGAGGGAAAGACACCUGCCUGAGGCCACGUAGCCAGUUCUUUCAGUUAGAUCCAAGUAUCCAGGUUCCAGCAGUGCGCCCUUCAUAGUGCUCAUGAGACACUGCAGUCUUAGGCUCUUCUGAAAUGGUGCCCGAACCCUCAGAGAAAACACUUGGGACGAGGUGAUAACGACCCUCUGCCAUGCUAUCCUGCACCAAGUGAACGGGGUUGUCCGGGAUAUUUCGGGCACCCACUCUCACCCUCCUUCACCGUGUAACAGUGGGCCUGGAGCUUGGCCUCACCGCGCCUUCCCCUUCCCAGUGAUCCCAUGGAAACGGUAGAUGUGAUGGUGGUUAAAGUCUCUCUCAGCGUGGACAGCCUGUGAUUCUGGGAAGUGGAGUUCAUUGCAAUGAUUCGUACCGUGGAGGGGCAGGUAAGAAACAAGGAGAGAGGAGAGAGAGAAAAACAGACCUUGGGCCCUGACUCUCCAUAGAAUUGCUCCCUUAGCAAAAGUCAGCAAGUAGUUCAAGUCUGAAUAGGAGUCCACUGAGACCGCCGUCCACCAGCUGCCUGCCAUGUUCCUACCCACCCCACCUGGGUCCUUACCCCACCUGACCCCGUGCCUGCCAACACCUGGCUAUUCACGCCCAGCUGCCUGCCCUUCUCCAGCAGCAUUACACUCCCUGCCUCCCCUUCCUCGAGCUGAAAUGCUGGUAGUGGGCAUCACUUAUUGAAUACUAUUUAGGCAAGUGAUUGGUUAACAUCUCAUUUGGAAAAGCAUGCUAAACUAACCCCCCAAAAAGUGUUGCAAGGACAAAAAUAGUAUCUAGAACACUCGAAUACACCUCUUUUUUAAACACAUUGCCCCAUUUGUUUUAUUUGCUAUCUCUAUUUUUUAAAAGAUUUUAUUUAUUUAUUUUUAGAGAGAGGAAGGGAGGAGAAAGAGGGAGAGAAACAUCCAUAUGCAUCAACAGGUUGCCCCCCACAUGCCCCUAACUAGGAACCUGGCCUGCAACCCAGGCAUGUGCCCUGACUGGGAGUCAAACCAGCAACCCCCUGGUUUGCAGGCCGGCGCUCGAUCUACUGAGCCACACCAGCCAGGGCUCUAUUUUUUAAUUAUAUACACAUAGUAUGUUUUUCUGGGCCAUGUGAGAGGAAGUUGACACCACUGUGUCCUUUGCUGUCAGAACUUGAGAACGAGGUAACUGAGGACCACCAGAAGAGCAUCACUCCAAGGGUCUGUGACCUCUGGACAUGGCAUACAGCAAAGAUGUGUGUGUUGUGUUGCUUCAAAGUGUGGGGUGUCCAGAGAUAUCACCAGGUUCUCCAAAGAACCCGUGAUUCUCCCUCAAAAUCCAAGGAUAGGAAGCUGUAAGGUAAACCAGCCCCCUCACUGUAAGGCCGAGAGCCCAGGAAAACCAGAAAUACUUCAGUGUGUAGACCCCAGAGUGAGGAGAUUCUCCUGUAAAACUGCAAGCAGUUAUCUGCAUCAGCACAUUUAACUUGGAUGCAAUAUUUUAAUUUAAUCUCCUGUCUGUUCCAAUUUUGUCAAUUGAUGUAAUAAUAUCCUUUCUAGCCUUUCCCCUCCAGGACAGGGUCCAGCCUAGGACUGAAUGUUGCAUUUGCUUGUCUUGUCUCUUUAGUCUCCUGGGAUCUGAUCCUUCCCCCAGCCUUUCCUUGACGUAGAUACCACUGAAAUUUUGGAUAACUCUCAUCCCUUUUUAGUAGAACUGUCUCAUCUUGUGUGUGUUGCACGUCUUCUAGUGCUUACACGGAGGCCGUGCAUUCCUGGACAGAUGCUGCAUUUGUGAGGUUGCGUCCCUCUCCGGGCAUCACAUCCGGGGACACCAUGCUCUCUCCGGUGACAUAGGGGCCCUUUAUUCAGGAGGGGACCCCAGGAAACACUGGUGGGGGAGUGGACAGUGAGAAAGGAAAGUGCUGGCUGAGCCCAAAGGUAUUCGAGGAAGAAACAAAAUUAACUUCUGCUCCUAGGCAGGCCAGAUAGAGCAUGAUGGAAGGCUGGGGGUGCCACCUCGGGCCACCUCUGUGAGGAGAGAGCGUCUGCUUCCAAGAGGAACUAGUCCCCGAGACUCAGAGCAGCUGAUCUCUUUCCACCUGCCUCCAGGGGGACCCUCCACUGCCCCUUCCCUCCCCCACCAGCUUAGAGGGCCCUGCCUCAUAGCUUCUUAGAGCUAAAAGUAACUCUAGGGUCACCAGGCCCAACCCACCCAUUUUACAGCAGUGGACACAGAGGCCCCGGGAGGGGACUUAAUGUGGCAAGUCACACAGCCAGAGGUGGCAAAGCCGGGACUGCCGAUCCAGUGCCCUCAGCCCUGCCCCUGCCCCUGCCCCUCGCCUAGCACCUGCCUCCCCCAGCAUUUCACAUCUAACCAAGGGGCACCUCCAGGGACACAGUGUCGGUUAAAAACAGAAUGAAAGUAAGGGAUCUACUGGCUGUCUCCAAGGGCCCAGUGGAUCAUUAGCUGUAGAAGCAACCGUGGCUGGGGCUGCGAGGAGCCCAGCCCUGCCUCUGCCCAGCCUGCUGUAGAUGACACAUGGAGGAGAACGUGCAACUGUGUAACUCACCUUUGCUGUGAGGGGGAGGGAGCCAGGGGGGAAAAGGGAACAAAUGUGGGUGCCCUGAGCUAAAAUUAGCCAGCCCUGCUGUUCCAUAGGCUUCCACUGUGCUCAGCCAAUGACUCAGCAGUUUCACCCGGCAACCCCACCCCAACUCUGAGAGAAACAUUAAACAAUAUUAAGAAGA